GUCGUCUAUGUGCCCAAAAAAAUAUUUCACAUUUCCAUUCGAGUGUUCGACGCGUUCACAUCGGGUUAGUAAGUGUGAAAUUCAUAAAAAUUACAAAUUUACAUGGAAUAAAAUUUUAAGUAAGAACAGUAAGAAAAAUUAACUGCAAGUGCACACAUACAGUCUUUCACUUGUCAUCGUAGCAUCAACAUACACACAAUUAUAAAACUAGUGGGAAUAUAAAUUCGAAAUAUAUAUAAAUAAAAAUACAUUGAAAUGAACAAAACGGACACAUCCACUCGCCAGGGCGCUUACAAGUCCAACUCCAUAAACACGCAGGACUCGCGCAUGCGUCGCCAUGAGGUGACCAUCGAGCUGCGCAAAUCGAAAAAGGAGGACCAGAUGUUCAAGCGCCGCAACAUCAAUGAUGAAGAUCUUACCUCACCUCUUAAGGAGCUCAAUGGCCAGUCGCCAGUUCAGUUGUCCACAGACGAGAUUGUGGCUGCCAUGCACAGCGACGAUGCGGAGCGCCAGUUCCUGGGCAUGCAGCAGGCCCGUAAGAUGCUGAGUCGCGAACGAAAUCCACCCAUUGAUCUGAUGAUUGGACAUGGCAUUGUGCCCAUCUGCAUCCGCUUCCUGCAGAACACUGACAAUCCCAUGCUGCAGUUUGAGGCUGCUUGGGCUCUUACCAACAUAGCUUCGGGCACCUCGGACCAGACGCGCCAAGUCAUUGAUCAGAAUGCAGUGCCACAUUUCAUCAACUUGCUGCAGUCCAAGUCCAUCAAUCUGGCCGAGCAGGCUGUCUGGGCUCUCGGCAACAUUGCCGGCGAUGGCGCCGCCGCCCGUGACAUUGUCAUCCAGCAUAAUGUGAUCGAUGGCAUACUUCGUCUGAUCAAUAACGACACCCCUUUAUCGUUUCUGCGCAACAUCGUGUGGCUAAUGUCGAACUUGUGCAGGAAUAAGAAUCCCUCGCCACCGUUCGAGGAGGUGAAGCGUCUCUUGCCCGUGCUGUCGCACCUUCUGCUCAGCCAGGACAUUCAGGUGCUUGCAGAUGCCUGCUGGGCUUUGUCCUACGUGACCGAUGAUGACAACAAUAAGAUACAGGCUGUCGUCGAUACAGAUGCUGUGCCGCGUCUCGUCAAUCUACUGCAAACGGAUGAGCCGAGCAUCAUUGUGCCUGCCUUGCGCAGCGUUGGCAACAUCGUGACUGGCACGGAUCAGCAGACCGAUGCGGUUAUAGCUGCCGGCGGUUUACCCAAAUUGGGUCUUUUGCUGCAGCACUCGAAGAGCAACAUUGUGAAGGAGGCUGCCUGGACAGUCAGUAAUAUUACUGCUGGCAAUCAGUUGCAGAUUCAGGCGGUUCUCGAUGCAGGCAUCUUUGAUCAGAUACGCCAGGUGCUGGAGAAGGGCGACUAUAAGGCGCAAAAGGAGGCUGCAUGGGCAGUGACGAAUACAACAACUUCGGGCACGCCCGAGCAGAUAGUCGAUCUGAUUGAGAAGUAUAAGCUGCUGAAGCCGUUCAUUGAUCUGCUCGAUGCCAAAGAUGCUCGCACCAUUAAGGUGGUGCAGACGGGGCUCUCGAAUCUGUUUGCGUUGGCCGAGAAGAUGGGCGGCAUAGACAAUCUGUGCCUGAUGGUCGAGGAAAUGGGCGGUCUAGACAAGCUGGAGGCGCUGCAGCAGCACGAGAACGAGGAUGUCUAUAAGAAGGCUUAUGCCAUCAUUGAUGCUUACUUUAGUACUGGCGACGAUGAUGCUGCCGAGCGAGAGUUGGCGCCGCAGGAGGUUAACGGUGCCUUGGAGUUUAAUGCCACACAGCCAAAGGCGCCCGAGGGUGGUUACACUUUCUAGGAACGUGCACUCUCAAUUACAAAACACAACACACCACACACUAGUUUUUCGGUGUUGUCGGCCGCGCGUUUUUUCUUUUUGUAUCUCAUGCUACACACUGUGCCAUUGUCAUCGAAAAGGCGCGUGCAGACAUAAACACACAACAAAACACACACUAUAAACACGCACACACACACGAAAACGAAAAUAUUACUCUACUCGAAUUUAUAUACCAAUUAUCAAUGUGCAGCAAAAUCAGCAUGCAUAGAGUUUUUAAAUGCAUUUGCUUAUAUAAAGCGUUCAAAUCCCCCCCAUACACUAUAUAAUUCCUGGUCCCCGCGCCAGCACUAAUUUAUUAUAUAAUAUAACACUACCCUAUAUCGUACUCCUAAGUGGGCUCUCUGUUCGCUCACGCUUUUAAUAUAGAAAGAAAGAGCACACUUUACACUAAGAUUUUUGUUCUUCAACUUGUUACCUCACGUGUCGAACAUUGUUCUGCCGUUUGGAACGUCCAUGCAACGCGUUUUGUGGCGCGUUUUUAUUCUUCAGCCCCAGAUCUCCAAUCUACAUACGCACACAACGCUCAAUUCAAACCCAAACUCUCUCUCUUUAAACACACUACACUCGCUCAAACUUUCUUCGCUUUAUUAAAAAAUGGACUAAUGGUUACACUCGGAUCACACGCACAUUUGAUGCCACCAAUAUUAAUAACACACGCCACUCCUGGUCAAUCGAACUGUGAUGACCAAAGAAGCUCCCAAACGUGUGCACGCCUUUUUCUCAGCUGGGCUGCUUAGCAGUCUGGUGCCACGUUUUCCGUUUGCCGGCUUUUACAGCUUAGAUCGUUUUCCUUUUUGCAAUAUUUGGAGAUUUUGGGGCCAAAGCGCUGCCUCUGACGUGUUUGCAUGGCCGGUUGCUGUAUGUGUGUUUUGUUUUUCAAUGAACGAAAUGCAGUCAGUAGGCUCUCAAAAUAUUUUUUAAAAUGUAUGUUUGUAAAACGAAGUCGACCCCCGCAACCCACUCACACAUCCUCAUUCACGCACGCGUCCGAAAUCUUUGUCAAACUUUAUCAUUCCAAACGCUGUUUAAAUUUAACGAAUAAAAUGUUUAAGUGAUAAAUAUAAUAUACGAGUAUGCA